UGUCAGCAGUACAGCACACAGGAAACCAAGUAGGCUGGACAACUGCAGUGGAAACACUUCAACCUUUAGGUGUUGUACCAUCAUGGCUUGGUCCCAGGUUUGCUGCUUAGCAAUGUCGAGAAAUUAGGAGAAAAUUAAUUUAACCGGGGGAGAAUUUUUGUUGUUGUUUUUUUUAUAUAGUAAAUGUGACUUCUCUGGUAACCAAGUUAUAUGUCACCUUCCCACAUAAUGGCUUGAGGUUGCGCAGUUAAGUCGGAGUACCACAGCACAUGAGAAGCAUCCUUUUAUCAUCGUCUGCACCAUAGAGGCUCCGCGUACGCAGGCCGGCGGGCGGCGCACCUCCCACCUGGACUCGGCUCGCAGCGCGUCUCGCCCUGCAAGGCUUUUCGCCUCGCGAGCUCGCGAAGACUGUUCCGCGCCGUGGCACGGGCGGCCAACUUCCUGGGUUGCGGGACUACGGGACACUUUUCCGCUGUCUUGACGUUGGAAAAUGAGCCUGCGGGAUGUGAGCGCGGCAGGUCAUGAGAGCUUUGAGGAGAACACCUGCGGAGAACAGCCUUACCUGGACCUCACCUGUGUGCAAGAAGCCAUCAUCACAGUAUGAAGAGACGAGGAGCAUCUCCACGGUGGCCAAGGAGAUUUAUUGGUCAUCCUUUACUUCAGCAGUCUCACUGACCACAUCUGACACAGACCAGGAAGCUGCCGCGGUGAAGUUGGAUCAGGAGCGGGCUGAGAUCGUGGACAGAUAUGACAAGGGUGUUGAAGGCGGAUGGGUGGAGCCGUGGGAGGAGGCCACAUUUGACGUCUAUAAAGUGGUGGACCGAUUUGGAUUCCUACAUAGUGAGGAGCUUCCAGCCUAUAACUCCGUGGAGGAGAAGCAAAAGAAACAUCUGGAAUUGGAGAGGACGGAGAAGUGGUUGAAGAUGCUGAAGAGCUGGGAAAAGUACAAGAACAGCGAAAAGCUGGUUAGAAGGGUCUAUAAGGGAAUUCCACUGCAGCUUCGGGGCCAGGUGUGGUGUUUACUCCUCGAAGUUCCCAAAAUCAAGGAGGAGAAGAAAGAUUUCUAUGAGAAGCUGAAGAUCAGAGCUAGAAUGUUGUCUCCUGAUAUCCGUCAGAUAGAUCUUGACGUGAACCGCACCUACAGAGACCACAUCAUGUUCAUGCGCCGCUAUGACGUCAAGCAGCAGGAUCUGUUCCACGUUCUCACGGCAUACUCCAUGUACAACAGGGAGGUAGGAUAUUGUCAAGGUAUGAGCCAGAUCACAGCUCUCUUACUGAUCUAUAUGAAUGAAGAAGAUGCGUUCUGGGCCCUGGUCAAACUUCUGUCUGGGCAGAAACACGCAAUGCAUGGAUUCUUUGUGCCUGGUUUUCCAAAGCUCAUGCGCUUUCAGGAGCACCAUGACCACAUCCUCAAGAAGAUGCUGCCGAAACUUAAGCGACAUCUAGACAGCCAGGAGGUUUUCACCAGCUUGUACACAAUGAAGUGGUUCUUCCAGUGCUUUCUGGACCGUACGCCGUUCACUUUAACUCUGAGGAUAUGGGAUGUUUACAUCCUGGAGGGAGAGAGAGUUCUGCCCGCCAUGUCUUACACCAUUCUCAAGCUCCACAAAAAGGCCCUGAUGAAGCAGUCUAUGGAGGAGCUUGUGGAGUUCCUCCAGGUGACUCUGUCCAAGAAUUUCUUCUUCGAAGAUGAUUUUGUAAUUGAGCAGCUCCAAAACUCCAUAUCUGAACUCAGACGCUCCAAACUAGAGCUUCCUCCUGAAGGUAAAGACGACGAGUUUCCAAAGAAACCACUUGGCCUGCUGCCACCAGAGCCGGUGGGACUGGCGGCAGCAGCAGCCAAUCACGUCGUAAACGGGCAGAUGCCAGCCAGGCAGAGGGAGGUGGAGGGACCGCCCGUAACCACGAGCGGUUCACCAGACCGGCGCCACGCCAGCAGAAACGUGGAUCCAACACUCCACCCAGGCAAGGGAGAGAGGUGGGCAGGACAAAGUGCAGCUCUGCCCACAGAGAGGAACAUGACCCCAAAAAUCCCCCCUAUGCCCUUGACUCGUGUGACGGAUGGGCUGAUGGGAACCAAUCAUAACCCAGUUGGGCGGAAAGACAUUGCGCCCCGCUGGGUCAAACCCUCUGAGGGUAAGCUGGAGGCAGCCAGGAUGGCGGCCAUGAGGGAGAUCCAGCAGAACUCCGAGGAACCGGGGCAACAGCAGUGGCGGCCCCGCUCCCGCUCCCGCGGCUGCAUCCCGGCCUCCAACCGCGCCUCCAACGCUUCGCAGUAUGACAACGUUCCGGGGCUCGACGGAGGCCUCGCGGAGGUCCCGGAGCCGUACGGGGAACCUCCGCUGAGACAGGGAAGCCCGACCAGGCCCCCCAGCGGGGGGACGUCCGUCCCGUCCUUCCGGCUCCCCCGAACCACCCCCCUCCUCUCUGACCAUCUUCCCAUCCUGAACCCCACCCACCCCCAAAUGUCCAGGCCGUGGUCGGAGGACUUGGCGUACGAUCCCCGCGCCCGCUCGCCUGAUAAGAUGCGGAGGAACAACAGCUAUGCCGCGUACCGACGCCAGUCGCCCCGCGGCACGCCGCUCCUGGUGGCGCCCGCCGAGCUGGCUGCCUGCGUGGACAGUACCAGCGAGGGCAGCCCCUACCUCAGGCAGCCCGCAACCCUCCUGGGGUCGCCUGCCUGCCUUCCUCUGGGGCAGCUCUACGAACGCCAGCUACAGGGCGAGGCUUGGCACUGCGAGAUGGACUGGGUACCCCUGGAGUCUCCAGGUGGGUUAGCCCCCAUUCCCGGUUUCCCGAAGACUCGCCGCUCGCCCACCCGCCCCGCACAGGGUUUGGGAUUCGGGCCGCCGGGCGUCCCAGAUGCAGCGUUGCACUACGGCGGGGCGUACGCAGAGCAGCCCGUUAGGCAGCAGCUCCCCCCGGUGUUCGGAGGAGCUCAGUAUAGGCAGGUCUUUGCGCUGCAGGAGACCAUGCAUCUCUGAGAGGGCGUGAGACAGAAUGGAGGGAGGGAAUGAGAGCGAGAGCGAGAACAACGAAAUGAGAAAGCCAGACACCUUCCCAUCCGCUCCGUCUACCUAAGUGAAGGUUAUCUGGGGUGUGUGUGUGUUUUUGUUUUGAUUGUGUUUGUUGUGUGUUUAGCAGACUGUUCUUACUGAACCAAUAUAGCAGCUCCCACAGCC